AACCAGUGCUGCUAUUUCCCUCUAUCCCAUUUCAGAUCCAACGUUCGACUCUUAAACCAUCAAGAACAAUUUCAAAAUGGGAGUAAAAAAUCUGUGGGAAAUUCUAGAAUCUUGCAAGAAAACCCUUCCUCUUCACCAUCUCCAGAACAAGAGGGUUUGCAUAGAUCUAUCAUGUUGGAUGGUUCAACUUCACAAUGUGAACAAAUCCCACUGUGCUAUGAAAGAUAAGCUUUAUCUUAAGGGUUUGUUUCACCGAGUUCGGGCCCUCAUCGCCUUGAAUUGUAGUGUUAUAUUUGUUACAGAUGGAUCGAUUCCGGGCAUCAAAGUAUCUACAUAUAGAAGGCGUCUACACUUGGACAAUGAGGGAACUCAAGAUGAAUCUUCCUCAAACAAAAAUACUUCACUUCAGAGGAAUAUGGGCUCUGAGUUCUCAUGUAUGAUAAAAGAGGCCAAGAUUCUUGCCUCGACAUUAGGGGUUCCAUGUUUAGACGGUAUCGAGGAAGGUGAAGCUCAGUGUGCAUUAUUGGAUUCGGAGUCAUUAUGUGAUGGAUGUUUCUCUUCAGACUCGGAUAUCUUUCUCUUCGGAGCAAGAACAGUUUACAGGGAUAUAUGCCUUGGUGAAGGUGGUUAUGUUGUUUGUUAUGAAAUGGAUGACAUUGAGAAAAAACUUGGAUUCGGAAGAAACUCAUUGAUUGCUCUAGCUGUCCUUCUUGGUUGUGAUUACUCACCUGGUGUGCGUGGGAUCGGUCCCGAUUUGGCAUGCCAGAUUGUUAGAUCUUUUGGUGAAUCUGCGGUUCUUCAACGACUUGCUUCGCAUGAAUUGUUGCUUAAAAAGAAAGCUAAGUGUUCCAAGAAACAUAAUCAGGUUUCCGGCUUUAACAAUAAAGAGAACAUACCGCCUCAAGAUUUAAACAUUAUAGGGCAUAAAAGUAAUUUACCAACGAAUCAUCAGUUUCAGCAAGUGAUGGAUGCAUACCUCAAACCGAAAUGCCAUUCAGCUGACUCUCAAAUGGUCCAAAGGGUUCUUGGUAUGCAUCCAUUUCAACGGACGAGGCUUCUGCAAACAUGUCAUCGGUUUUUUGAGUGGCCUCCGGAGAAAACAGAUGAGUAUAUUCUUCCUAAGAUUGCCGAAAGAGACUUGAGACGAUUUGCAAAUCUACGGUGCACUUCUUCUGACUUAGGAGUUCGACUUCCUUUAGAUAAGAUGCCAGUGAAGUGUCCGGUUUCUGGAAUAAUUAAACGCAGAAAAGCUCAAGGAAAAGAAUGCUUUGAGGUUUCAUGGGAAGACAUGGAUGGACUUGGUAGCUCUAUUGUACCAGCUGAACUUGUCCACAGUGCAUGCCCAGAAAAGAUAGUCGAGUUUGAACAGAUGAUAGCCGAAAAGAAGAAGCCAAAACCGCGUAAACCAAAGAAAACCGAGACAAACAAAUCUGUGAGUGAAGUUGAAGCCAAACUUCAAGAACUCCUGCUUGAAAUUGAAGGUACAAGUUCUUCUGGGCAAAACUAUCGGUUAAUCGAUGAACCGAUGGUCAACUCGAAGUCGAACAUCGAGGAGGUGAAAGGUACAUGUUCUUUUGGUCAACACUAUCGGUUAAUCGACGAGUCACUAGUGAACACGAUGUCAAACAUCAAGGAAGUGAAAGGUACAUUUUCUUCUGGUCAAAACUAUCGGUUAAUCGAGGAACCACUGGUCAACACGAGGUCAAACAUCAAGGAAGUGAAAGGUACAUGUUCUUCUGGUCAAAACUAUCGGUUAAUAGAUGAAACACUAGUCAACACAAGGUCAAAUAUCAAGGAAGUGAAAGGUACAAGUUCUUCUGGUCAAAACUAUCGGUUAAUCAACGAGUCACUAGUCAACACAAGGUCAAACAUCAAGGAAGUGAAAGGUACUUGUUCUUCUGGUCAAAACUAUCGGUUAAUAGAUGAGCCACUGGUCAACACAAGGUCAAACAUAGUGGAAUUGAAUGGCACAUUUUCUUCUGGUCAAAACAGUAAAAACUAUCGGUUAAUCGAUGAACCGCUGGUCAACAUGAGGCCAAACAUCGAGGAAGUGAAGACAGAGGUUGUAAAUCUGUCUACACCUUUAGUAACAAAAACAAACGGAAAAGUUGAAACACAGGUCGUUGAUCUUGUGAGCCCGUUUUCGGUUGCUUGUCCUUCGAAAAAUCUAGACGUUAAUGUCAUUGAUUUGAGUGAAUCUGAGACGGAGGUAUCGCCUGAACAUGCGAAAAAGGCGCGAGAACUUAGAUUAUUCGUAGCUAAAAUCAGGGAUGACAUUUCUUAGAUUAUUUGUAGCUAGUGUACAAAUGGGUGUGCUUUAACUAAGUGUAACGUUAUUGAUUGGAUUUAGAAUAAGAGUUGUGUUUUUCCUUAAA